GGUAUCCCCGUGCAAGGAGGUUGGCAAGGCCUCGGGGAACUUCCAGUUCAGCGAAUCCGUUAGCUUUCCUCCACCUUAGUCACUUCCCCGUGAGGCACUCCGUGUUUGUGUACACGGUUAUUCCACGUGUCAGUCAGUUCAUCGGGCGCAUCUGGAGUCAUUGAAAACAGUAAUAGGAAGUCAGACAAACCCGCUUGAUGCAAAAAUUCAGGAGGACAUUCGGUUUUUAAGGAGACAGUGCUGAGGUUAAGACCAGGCUGGAGCUCUUUGGAACCUGAGACUAGGAGGACAGACCAAUCUGAGGUCAGAGUUAGCAGCAGGAUACAUCCUGGUCCUCUCUUGCCCAUGAGGUCUCGCUGGGGCUGAUGGCACUGCCGCUGCUAUGGUUGGGGUUACUUUCUCAGGUUUUGAUGGAAAUCAAGAAGAUACCAGUGGAAGAGGGGCUGUGCACGACAAUCCCUUGUGCAUUUGAAUUUCCCAAAGAACUCCCAAGCAAUUCCAUGAUCAUGGGCUACUGGCUCAACAAAAACGUCAGCUCCCUUGUAGCUACAAAUAAACCCAAUGCUACCGUUGGUGAUAACACCAAGGACAGAUUUUCCAUGACUGGGAAUCUUGAUGAAGAAGACUGUACCCUACUCAUCCAUGAUAUUCUCAAAGGGAACAGUGCGACGUAUUUAUUCUAUGCAGAUCUAGGAGAACAAAAAAGUGCUUUCCUGGGGGAGAAUAUCAAACUCUUUGUGUCAGGUGAUGUUCAAUAUCAUCCAAUAAGUGGUUUGGAAAGAAGGAAAUCCAACCGUGGUUCUGACCUAACCCAAAAGCCAGAGCUCCACAUCCCAGAGAUUCUUUUGGCUGAGAAACCUGUGACCUUGAACUGUACCCUCAAAGGCACCUGCAAAGAAAUCAAAGCCCUCUUUCGCUCCUGGAAGAACCCAGCCAUCUCCAGCAGCUCCUCCUCAGUGCCGCACUUCAUCCUGAGGCCUGAGGACCAUGGCAACACCCUUGGAUGUCACUUGAACUUCUCCCUAGCCAACGUGACCAGAAGUAGCUUGGUCAAGCUCCAAGUGGUCUCACCUCCCAGGUUGUUCGAUUCCUCUUGUUCUUUGGAGAAGACAGUUCUGUGCAGCUGUUCCUUCCAUGGGAUCCCCACACCCUCCGUGCAGUGGUGGAUGGGAGGUGUCCCUGUGGAUGUGAACAGCAUGGAUAACAUCCCCCGGGUGACUUCUUCCACACGUGUCCCCUGGGCCAAUAGCACCAUCAACCUCAUCGGGGAGCCAGAAAUAGUCAUGAGACUUCGCUGUGAGGGGAAGAACCAAUAUGGAAUUCACACUUCCAGCUUCUUCCUGAUACCAAAUAAGAAAUCAGUUUCCAGUAUGUUCGUGAAAGGAUUAAUCCAGGGCAUUGUGUAUGGAGCCAUUGCAUUCUCAUUGCUCUUCUUCUGCCUCGUCCUCUUGUUAAUGAAGAUGCUUAACUGGUGGGAGGAACAUCAGAGUCCCAAGACCAAAGAAGGCCUGACCCUUAAGAAACCAGAGCUGCUGGAGGAACCAGAAGUACCCAGCGUGCCUGAAGCUGACAUCCCACCAGACGGGGCUGGAGGGCUGCUCUCCCAGAGCCUGGAGUUCAACUCUCCUGCCGACAACUACACGGUGUGUGAAGGUGACAACGCCACCCUCAGCUGCUUCAUCGAUGAGCAUGUGACCCGCGUGGCCUGGCUGAACCGCUCCAACAUCCUGUAUGCCGGCAACGACCGCUGGACCAGCGACCCGCGGGUGCGGCUGCUCAUAAACACCCCCGAGGAGUUCUCUAUCCUCAUCACCGAAGUGGGGCUCGGCGACGAGGGCCUCUACACCUGCUCCUUCCAGACCCGCCACCAGCCGUACACCACUCAGGUCUACCUCAUUGUCCACGUCCCUGCCCGCAUUGUGAACAUCUCGUCGCCUGUGACGGUGAAUGAGGGGGGCAGUGUGAACCUGCUUUGCCUGGCCGUCGGGCGGCCAGAGCCCACGGUCACCUGGAGACAGCUCCGAGAUGGCUUCACCUCGGAGGGAGAGAUCCUGGAGAUCUCUGACAUCCAGCGGGGCCAGGCCGGGGAGUAUGAGUGCGUGACUCACAACGGGGUUAACUCGGCGCCCGACAGCCGCCGCGUGCUGGUCACAGUCAACUAUCCUCCGACCAUCACGGACGUGACCAGCGCCCGCACCGCUCUGGGCCGAGCCGCCCUGCUGCGCUGCGAAGCCAUGGCGGUGCCCCCCGCGGAUUUCCAGUGGUACAAGGAUGACAGACUGCUGAGCAGCGGCACGGCGGAGGGCCUGAAGGUGCAGACGGAGCGCACCCGCUCGAUGCUUCUCUUUGCCAACGUGAGCGCCCGGCAUUACGGCAACUACACGUGUCGCGCCGCCAACCGGCUGGGAGCGUCCAGCGCCUCCAUGCGGCUCCUGCGCCCAGGAUCCCUGGAGAACUCAGCCCCGAGGCCCCCAGGGCCCCUGGCCCUCCUCUCCGCCCUGGGCUGGCUGUGGUGGAGAAUGUAGGCGCAACCCAGUGGAGCUCGCCUCCCCCUGCAGGGGGCCUCAGGCCAAGAGUGAGAGAAAAGGGGGAGCAAGAGCCGUGGGUCUCGUGGGGGCAGAAGAGCUCUCGGCCACCAAGGAAGAAGAGAAGAGGAGAAAGAGGAGGAGGCAGAGGAAGAAAGAUCUUUAGAGAACCCAUCACUGUGAGGGAUAACGCAAAAUUAUGCAUCUUUCUACAGCCAUUCUCGCUACCCGUUCACGUUUCCGAUUGUGACCCACUCCCGCCACCCCAUACCCCUCUCUCUUAGCUCAGGCUGUCAACUGGCUCGUGUGGGUGUGGGUGUGUGAGUGUGAGCCUGCAUGCGUGUGUAGGUGUCUGUGUCUCUGUGUGUGUGGGUGGGUGGGCUGGAGGAGGGGACUCAACCGUCCUCCCCGCCCCGAAACCCCCAUGUCCACUGUCCCCAACCCUACUGCCUCUCACCUCUGACUGGAGGUAGGUAUGAGGCUCUGCAGUGGAAGCUGUGAAGAGAGGCUUACCAGGCUCCCUGCUUCCCCAAUAUAUGCACGCACACUGACCCCUCCCCCUGUCGAAAGGGCAACUCCUGGCAGGUUGGGAGUGGAGAGGGGUGUCGCACUCACCUGUCAAGCUGUCAUUCAGCCUUUGUGAGUAAGUGGGGGACCUCCAUCUGGGCUCUGGGCUUCCCUGCCGUCAACCACCAGCUUCCUGUAGCCAGAGGCCCCAUCGCUGGCUCAGUGGCCUGAGACCUUCCCACUUUUCCUGUCCCUCCCUACCUUGGAUUUUCUGGCCCCCUCCUGGGCCAAUCGGUGCUUCCAUCCAACUGUCAGACUGGUGGCAGGAGUCACUUGUCUGUUUCAGUGCUUUGCCCUACCCCUGCCACCACUCCCCUUGGCCUUGAUUUCCCCACCUGUGGCACCAGCCAGCUGCCCUUGGGGCCUUUGCAGCUGGCCCACAGGUGUAGGCUUGCUGGUCUAUCACUUCCUGGCCUCUCCACCAACUGUACCUCCCAAAGGCUACCUGACCGCCCUCACACACUCAGACACACCACACACACACACACACACACACACACACACACACACACACACCCCAGCGACUGUGACCAGCAAUAGCCCCCUGGCUGCAGCUGUCCUGUAGCUGGUGACUAGCUGUAUUUCCCCCUGGGUAGGCAUCUGUUGUCAGGAAGGGACGCUGAGAGGCUGCAGCCUCAGCUCUGAUUGCAGGAAUACUCCACCCUGAUACACCACACCACACAAAGUGGGGGACAGAGAGGUAUCACACAGACACCCUGAGCCCAGACAAAGAUGCCAUGUCACCAAUUCCGACUCCCAGGAGACCCUCUCUAUAAACCCCCACCCCAAACCACACCACCCCAGAGUCUGGUGGAGAAGAGGAGAGGGCAAGGCGCAGUGACUGUACCUCAGACGGGGGCAUGGGCCCCAUCCCACAUUGUCUUCCAUUCCCAGGGUCCAGGGGAUGGGGUGGGACGGGGGAGGGAUACCAGGGAGGGGGUGGGGGGCCCUGGGGGCCGUGUGUUCCAAUUCAUGGGGAGUGUUGAGACCACCGCACCAAUAAACGCCUUUUUCCACAGUCUGCCUGCAGGUGUCAAUGUCAUUAAGAAUUCGAGUUAAUGAAGGGCAAAGGGUAGCAAUCAACUGGUGGUGCCUCUCCAGCAUCAUUCCUACCACCUGCUUUCUCAUUGGUAGACUUGGAAUGGACUCAUUACAGAGGUGCCCUGUGAUUGGCCUAAGCCACUCAGCAUAGCCCAUUUCGUGAUUGGCUUGGAGAUGGGCACGUGACCUGGUAAGGCUAAUGAGAGAGUGAAUGGAUUCCCAAGAAGAGAUGCUUUUCUGCUGGAUAUUGUGGCUCCGUGAUGUGAGGUCUACAUCUGUAGGGUUGCUUUUCUCCAUCACAUGGAGAGAUCUUGGGUCUGUGAGGAUAGCAGUGGUGGGGAGGGCUGCAUAUGGAGCCUGAGAAUGAUAGGAACACUGUGAAGUGCAGAGUGGAAACCUUAGAGAAACUGAGUCCAUGAUGAUAUCAUUUGAGUAGCUGGAUCAAAACUUAACUGAUGCCCAUCUUCACUUGUAUAAGCAAUAAAGUCCCCUGUAUAUUUAAACCAA